UUUUCCAUUUUCAUUCGAAGCAAAUUAAUACUAGAUUGUAAUUAGACAUGUAUUAUUUCAUACCCCAUAUUUGUAGCUAGGUUGUUAUUACAGGCACCCGUUCAUUUUAUAUGCCCUGUUUAUUUAAUUGCGCUAUAAGUUUUAUUGUAAUUCUUCUGCUGGAACUACAACUACCAAGAUGCUCUGCGCUGAACGCGGGUGUGUAAACACAACUCUAGGAAACAUGAAACGGUCGGGUGGCAGUGAGAGCGAGAAGAGAAGAAAGAGGCGCAGGCUGCUGCAGGAGCUAGGAGACCAGCGCAUCCCCUACCUCGGGCCCUCAGACCAUGGCUUCCAACAGCUGUGGGAGACUAGUUACUCUGGCCUAGCUCUGCGGCGGUCCUGCUCCCUGCCUGAGGAGCUCCAUGGUCGGGUGGAGGCUGCUCUGUUCACCCUGCGGCGGAGGGGCUGUUUCCUGAGGGACCUGGUGAAGGUGAGGGACCGAGACGUCUUCACCGCCGUAUCCCGGGUGCUGCUGGGUCAGCCAGGAACCACCUACCGCUAUCUGGACACGCGGCUCUUCACCAUCCCCUGGCACACAGACGAGCAGAGAGGGACCUGCUGUGACCCAGACCUCAGCGCUGCCUGCAAAGCACUCUGGGAGCUCAACUGCUUCUUCUGCUCUGAUGUCGGAGACAGGAAGGAAGGGGAUGUUUUCAAGCAGUGCAGGAAAGAGUUGGUUGGUGCUAUAGAGUCUAAACCCAGUGUAGAAGGAGACACAGAGUCUAAAGAUAGCGAGGAGUCCAAACCCAGUGACGGUGGAGGAGACUCGGAGUCCAAGCAGAGUGAGGAGGGAGAGACUGAGUCAAAGCACAGCGACGAUUGGGACAUAGAGUCAAAACACAGUGAAGAGGAAGGCUCAUCGUCCAAACAGGAUGCAGCAUGGGAGUCAAGACACGGCGACGAGAUGGGAGACAUGAAGACUAAACAAACUAAAUUGGGGAGUCCAACGGCGUCAAAACAACACAGUGAGGGAAAACAUACAGGCUGGAAGCACAGGCCAGCUGGCAGCACAGAGACAGAGACCACAGACCUAGGCCCUCAGGAGAAGCCUGUGGCUGAGCUAAAACACAGUCUCUCUGGGUACCACAUUGAAGAUGAGGAGGAUGAAGACCAGCAGAGUGGCCAGGGAUGCUCUAACCUUAACCCUGCUAAGACAUCCUGUCCUGGCCCGACCCAGUUCAACGUCACCCUGCUCAACUACAUGGACCCAGCAGCAAUGAGCCAGCUGAAAGAAGAGCCAUAUUAUGGGAUGGGUAAGAUGGCUGUGGGCUGGCACCAUGAUGAGAACCUGGUCAGCUUAUCUCCUGUGGCCGUCUACAGCUACAGCUGUCAUGACGACGACAAAGGUGUGAGCUCGGAGGAGGGUCCUGCAGAGAAGGGCUGCUGGAGGAUUGGUCUAAAGGUGGCCUGGGACAUCCACACCCCUGGACUGACCCUCCCACUGCAGUCCGGAGACUCCUACUACCUUAGAG